AUGGAACAAAGGGAAGAUAAGCAACAAGUUUUAAGUUCAGAAACCCUGGAAAUUUCAUCUUCUUCUUUAGGACAAGUUGAAGCACAAUCCCAUAAACGAAAAGCUGGAAGGAAGAUAUAUAAUGAGACUCGACAUCCGAUAUUCAAAGGUGUAAGAAGAAGAAAAAGAAAGUGGGUGUGUGAGGUUAGAGAGCCAAACAAGAAAUCUCGAAUAUGGCUGGGGACAUUCUCGAGCCCAGAAAUGGCGGCUAAGGCCUACGAUGCAGCCGCUUUGGCACUCAAAGGAGACUCGGCUUCUUUAAACUUUCCCGAGUCUGCUUAUACAUUGCCACGUGCUAGGUCAUCUUCGGUGAGGGAUAUUCAGAUCGCCGCCAUGGAGGCUGCUGAGGCAAGUUCAAAGACAUUGUUUAUAGAUGAAGAAGAGGUGUUUAACAUGUCGGGGAUACUUGAAAGUAUGGCGGAAGGGUUGAUGAUAACUCCACCGUCUAUGCAAAAUGGGUACUAUCCCCACGAUGAUGCCGAUGAUUACGAAGAAUUCACUCUUUGGGGUGAUUAAGUUGGUCAGUUUUAGUAUUUACGACCCCUUCUUUACUAUUU